UUCUAUGGGUGGAAAUGCCUAGAAUUUUCGAAUCUCCUAGGGACUUUUGAAAAUUCUAGGCGUUUCUCCCUAGAGUUUUGAAAAUUUUUGGCGUUUGCCCUCCACAAAAAAAAAAAAUGACUUUAAUUCCGGCGAUGUGUCCGAUGACCUUGCCCUCGGUUGGUGGUGGUUUGUUGGGAGGAGAGAAUGUACGAUUGAGUAAGAGGCCAGGGAAGAAAAAUAUGGAGUACACCUGAGGGUAUAUAUGUUCAUUUAUGUUUAAAUGUUAAACUUGGUAAAAUAAGGGCGUCGUUUAACUUAUUGUGACCAUAUAUGUCAAAAUUUGAAUUUAAUUUUUUCGGAUCGACUUCAAAUCAGAUCGGUUUUUGACACCUACUCAAACCACAUUUUGUUCCUGUUAUUCUAUCCUUUAAAAAAAAAAAAAACACUUCCACGUAUUCAUACUUUCUAUUUUUCCGCGUCUUCGUGUCAUCUCUUUCUCUCUCUCCUCUUCUCCCUGUCACUGUUCUGCAUCAUCAUUCAUCAUCCACUUUCCAGAAAACCAAACUUUCAGUUUAUCUUCUUCGUUACGCUUUUGAAUUCGUAUACUUUCUUCGACCUUCAAAUUAAAUGCAUAUUCAGUUUUAGAUUUUCAACAUUUCAUUUUCUCUCUUACACAAAUUUAUUGCAAGUCAAAAAUACAUUCUCACUCUAUAUUUGAUUCCGUUUUAGAUCGUCACUUUCAGCUUAUCGCAUUUUAUCGGCGGAAGUUCGAAUCUCAUUAUCGUCGAAAAGUGAGAGAUUGAUUUAUUUUUUGGUUUGAAUUGGAUCCGGAUGCUUUAAUUACCAGAAAAAUGCAGCAAAAUUCGGAGACUCGAAGCCGCGCUUAUCUCACCGCUCUUUCUCAAGAAAUCCAGAAGAAGCUUCAACGAGCAGAAGCGAGUCCUUCGCAGCGGCGAAAUGUGCUGCAGGAGUUAUUUGCUGAUAUAGCGUUGGAAGUUGAUGACCGUGCUAAAGAUAUAAUUCUCAGCAGGGGUGCAGAAACAAUAGUUCCUGCAGAAGAGGGCAUAGAAGAUCACUUAUGUUUUUAUGAUGUGCUUUCUGGCCAUUUUAUCCGGGUGCCAGAGGAUGGACAGCCUAUUCUUGACUUGAUUGUGAAACUAUGGAGCCAGUCAUUUGCAUCCCAUAUAUUUGCUCUGUUAUUUCACAAAUGGUUUUUUGAAGUUGAAAUUAAGGACUCAGAGAAGCUUCUUCGUUAUUCAUCUGCUCUUGUUCAGGGUUCUGCAAAUGUUUUCUGGAUGGACAUCCAGACCAACACUAGACGUUUCCAGUCCCUCUUUCAUUAUCUUCUUCAGGAUGUCACAUUGGAUCAGUCACGGCUAACCAAGCUUGUACUACAGGCUCAGCGUGAUCUGGUUCUUCUAUUGUCAAGAUUUAUUUUCUUUUACAAUGCGGUUGAUAAGCUUGGCGACUUUCUGAAUAACUUUCCUACUUUUCCAAAUUCAUUCUUGGUUGGUGGUCCAGCAGACAUGUUUGUCAUUGAGCUCACAGAUCAGCUUCUGAAGUUGAAGGUGGAGCCUGUUUUGCUGCAUUACUUGUCUCAAAUUAAGGUUCUUCAAGGUUUGGAGCUUAGGAUGACUACUAGUACACGGCUGAAGACUUGCUUGUACAGCUUUACUUCUCCUGGAGGUCCAAUGUAUCCAACAAGAGCUGUUCGCCACUCAGCUUGGGAUGCUUUGGAUGCACUUUUUCCUGUUGGGCAAUAUCCUCGGCAUCUUAUCAGUCUGUUCUUCCGACUAUUGUAUCCGUGGUACUGGCCAUCUUCCUGUUGGCAUUUUGUAAUCUCUUGUGUAAAAGCUCUGUUUUAUUCUUUGAUAGGUUUGAUUGUCUCAAGCUGGGAUGUUUUUAGGGGACAUAAGAUGUCCAAGAGAGACAUGUAAUUCCAUUUCUAAAAGACUGGAAUGGAACUUUUGUAGCACUCUUUCGUCCUCUAUUGAUUGAUUUUCCACAUGUACGAGUACAUGUAUCAUUGUAAAGUCUCGUGUGUUAGAUACAUUGUUGUGGUUGAUUUAAUAAAAAAGAAAUAGUUAAGGUGCAGAUCUAAUCACAUGUGAAAUGGAGAUAAAUUCGUUUGUUAUACUGUUA